AUGAGUAGCAGUACAGCAGCAGCAGCAUCAGCGGCUCCACGUAGACAACAAGUUGAUAAUCGAACAGAUGCCAAUAAUUUUAAAGCAGUGACAGUAGUAGCAACACGUGGUCGUGGUACUGAAAUAUCCGAAGAAAUAUCCUAUACAGAUACAAAAGUUAUUGGAAAUGGUUCAUUCGGUGUUGUUUAUCAAGCUAAACUUGUUCAUUCCAAUGAACAAGUAGCUAUAAAAAAGGUUUUACAAGAUAAAAGAUUUAAAAAUCGCGAACUGCAGAUUAUGCGACGACUUGAUCAUCAAAAUAUUGUUCAAUUAAAAUAUUUUUUCUUUUCAUCUGGUGACAAACUUAAAGAAGAAGUAUAUUUAAAUCUUGUACUUGAAUAUAUACCGGAAACGGUCUAUCGUGUGACACGUCAUUAUACAAAACAAAAGCAAACCAUUCCGCUACUUUAUGUCAAAUUGUAUAUGUAUCAAUUAUUUCGUGCAUUGGCUUAUAUACAUUCAUUUGGAAUUUGUCAUCGAGACAUUAAACCACAAAAUUUAUUACUUGAUCCAGAAACAUCUAUAUUAAAAUUAUGCGAUUUUGGAAGUGCUAAACAAUUAAUAAAAGGCGAACCAAAUGUAUCAUACAUUUGUUCACGUUAUUAUCGUGCACCGGAAUUAAUUUUUGGCGCUAUUGAUUAUACAUGUUAUAUAGAUGUUUGGUCAUCGGGAUGUGUACUUGCUGAACUUCUUCUUGGUCAACCAAUAUUUCCAGGUGAAAGUGGUGUAGAUCAAUUAGUAGAAAUUAUUAAAGUAUUAGGCACACCAACGCGUGAGCAAAUUCGACAAAUGAAUCCAAAUUAUCAAGAAUUUCGUUUUCCACAAAUAAAAGCACAUCCAUGGCAUAAGGUUUUUCGUAAUCGUACACCACCUAUGGCAAUCGAUUUAGUAUGUCGAUUACUUGAUUAUACACCAGCAACUCGUUUAACACCACUUGAAGCUUGUGCUCAUGCAUUUUUUGAUGAAUUACGUGAUCCUGAUACACGGUUACCUAAUGGACCUCUUCCACCACUUUUUAAUUUUAGUCAAUAUGAACUAAAUAUUAAUUCAUCGCUCAAUUCACGUUUAAUUCCUGCACAUUUACAAGGUCAACAAACAGUAUCAACUAGUGGUGGUAUAUCAUCAAAUUCAACAGUUAAUGCUUCAGCAACAAGUAUGAGUGGUGGUGGAAAUGGUAAUACAAUCGGAACAUCAGUAGUAACAUCAAAUAAUCAUGAUAAACCUAUAACAACAACAAAUCGUUCAAAUAAUAAUUCACCACCCUCAACUGUACCAGUAGCAACAACGACAUCAUCAUCCGCAGCAGCAGCAACAACAACAACAACAAACGUUAAUGGGCCAGGCGAGAGUGAUGCUAUGAACAGCCUCGAUGAACAGACGGCAACUGGUGGUGAUUCAAUUAAAAAAGAGCAUUCUUAA